GCAGCAGAUGGACGAGUCCGACUUUCACUACAUUCACGACACAUUACAGGUGUUUACUGAGUACUGGUCGACUGUUUAAGUCGAUUUUUGACUGUAUUUUUUUUCUUUUUAACGAAAACACGACCAACCUGUUGCGUGUAUUUAUAUAUAUUUAUUUAUGUUUUGCCUGGCAUAUUAUUUGUCACCGACUUCAACUUGAAAUGUACUUCUGAAGUUUAAGGUAUGGACUCUCUUGAAACUCAGCAGCCCAAGCUCUUUUCUGUAGUGGGUAGCUAGCCGUGCCUGGCUAGGUGUCUUAUCCUGUGGGGCUCUUCUUCCUGGUCCUUGGAUACAAACCUCCAGAACUUCCCAGGACUUUUAAGACUCCCUUGGCCCCCACUGAACAGAACAGGAUCACACUGUGGGGCGAGAUGGAGGAAAGACGGGCACGGUCCUUCCACAUGUCGUGCCAUGUGCAGAGGGACUAUGGCAGCAGGAUGGGGAGUUCUUUCCUAAGCUGCAGUCCAAAUGGAUAUGCCAGCACCAGCCUCAGCAUGGACGAGGAGAUGGAUGUUGACCUUGCAGCCUCCACCGGCGCUAAAGCCAGGGAUGCUGCUGGACGGGCUCCUCCACCUGACAGAAGCCACUACUCUCCUGUUUCACUGGAACUGGACCCCACAGCAGUGAAUAAUGGAUCAGACACAAAGGACCCAGCGCUGCAGAUAGUACCUGACCAGUCUUCUACCACCUCUGUCCCACCACCUCUCCCUCGUUCGAGCUGGCUGCAUCACCAUCAAAAGGAUUUCCAGAGCCCUUACAUCAAUACUAGCAUGCAGGGGGAUGUUUACAACUUUCUUGAGAGACCUGCAGGACUGAAAUGCUUCCUCUACCACUUCCUUGUAUUUGUCAUGGUCCUGGUUUGUCUAAUCUUCAGUGUCUUGUCGACUAUAGAGCAAUAUGCAGACUUUGCCACUGGCACCCUCUUCUGGAUGGAGAUUGUGCUGGUGCUGUUCUUUGGCACAGAGUAUGUGGUCCGGCUGUGGUCGGCAGGCUGUCGCAGCAAAUAUGCGGGCAUCAAAGGACGCCUCCGCUUUAUCAGGAAGCCCAUAUCAAUCAUAGAUUUGAUAGUGGUCAUUGCCUCCAUCAUUGUGCUCGGUGUAGGGUCCAAUGGCCAAGUCUUUGCCACGUCUGCCAUCAGGGGCAUCCGUUUCCUCCAAAUCUUGCGCAUGCUCCAUGUGGAUCGGCAGGGAGGAACGUGGAGGCUCCUGGGAUCUGUCGUCUUCAUUCAUCGACAGGAGCUGAUCACCACUCUUUACAUUGGAUUCCUGGGCCUGAUCUUUUCCUCCUACUUUGUCUACUUGGCGGAAAAGGAUGCCGUGGAUGAGGAGGGCAAGACGGGCUUCUCCAGCUAUGCCGAUGCCCUGUGGUGGGGCGUGGUGACCGUCACCACCAUAGGCUACGGAGACAAAAUUCCUCAAACGUGGAUAGGCAAGGCCAUCGCCUCCUGCUUCAGCGUCUUUGCCAUCUCCUUCUUCGCUCUACCAGCUGGUAUCUUGGGCUCAGGGUUUGCUCUUAAGGUCCAGCAGAAGCAGAGACAGAAGCAUUUCAACAGACAGAUCCCUGCUGCAGCCUCUCUCAUUCAGACACUGUGGCGAUGCUAUGCAGCAGAGAAACCAGGCAGCUGUGCUGCCACAUGGAAAAUGUACGUCCUAACUCCAGAGGCUGUCAUCAUUGACACCUCCAGUCCUAAUAUCAGGAAACUACACUUAUCGAAAAGGGGCACUAAGCGGAGGUUGAAGUCCAGAGGUAACGGCUCAGUGGGCGUGGCCUCGGAGAGGGCUAUAUCAAUCCCCCAGAUCACCUACGAUCACAUUGAUGAUUCCGUGGAGAAGAAAGACGUCUCGUUUUUCUCGGAAGAGCCGAGGGGGACUGUUGAAGGUCCUCCUCAUCACUCUUGGUCGUCUUUUACUCUGAGCUGCCCUGGCUCUCCAGUAAGGAGGAAUCUUGACAGCAGCACUUCCAUGGACAUCGCACGCGCCGACAGCUUAACUGAUGAGCUCUACUACAUGAGUGAGGACAUUCCCCUGCCUGUGGUGACCAAGAACGAUCAGCUGUCGCACGCCCAAAGAGCAGCAGUGAAAGUCCUUCGCAGAAUGCAGUACUUUGUGGCCAGGAGGAAAUUUCAGCAAGCACGGAAGCCCUACGAUGUGCGGGACGUGAUCGAGCAGUAUUCCCAGGGUCACCUCAACAUGAUGGUCCGCAUCAAGGAGCUACAGAGAAGGCUGGACGGCACACUGGGAAAGCCGGGAAUGUUUCUUCCAGGAAAAGGGGACGAUAAAGAAUACCCAACUAUUGGAGCACGUCUGAUCAGGCUAGAGGAUAAGGUUUAUCAGAUGGACCGGAAGAUGGAUUCGGUCCUGCAGAUCCUGAGGAAGCAGUUCCCGCCCAAGUCGGAGCUGACGUCCAAGCCAUCCAUCCACAGGGUGACUAUCCAGAAAUGCAUGGGGACCAGUAUGGAUGAAGGGCCCUGAUGUCACAGAGAAACCCUAACCCAUGGACAAUUAAAAAGGCAGUAGUACACACAGGCUAGUCCCUUGCAUAGGGGCCUGCGAAAUAAAAAGGGGGACCCCAUUCCCUCCCUUUGUUUUUGACAUUUCUCACAGACCUUUGACCCCCGAGAAGAGAACAAGUUUUAACAGAGAGCCACUGAGAGUGAGACUGAAGAAUGACCUUCUAUGUUUGUUUGGCCUGUUAGGCUCUCUUGUUUUUUUUUUUUAAUUGUCUACAAGCAUCUUUCCUCUUCUACACAGCACUGUGGGCACUGAUUCUGCACAUACUGCAGGAAUUCAUUUCAAUUUAUUAGAUUAACCUCGUAAUCACACUACUCAGAUGAUGUUCAUUUAUGUGUGGCUUGUCAUUGAGCUACAUUCCGCUACUUCAAAUGUUAUUUCAAAGCUAACUAACCCAGUAAUGAAGUUGUAAUGCAGUCAAAACACUCGAGCUCCCCAAAGACACAGAGAAAAGCUGAGAGUCCAGUCAUGGCAUUCCUCAAAUCCUUCUGAUUAUCUUGGCACCAACCACAGCAAGUACACAACAGGGUUAUUUCCAUAGCCACAUAUCCAUCUAGACUGCAGCGGGUAUUUGUUAGUAGUGAUCAAAUAACACGAGGAGGGAAAGGCAGAUUAUCUGUUGACUUUGCCCUGCGUUACUGGCCCAAAAGAAAUAGAACUAAAGAAAUGUGUCUGGGGUGGGUUGAGCUGCUAACAUGGUGCUGAUUUACAGCUACAUUAGAGCUGAUAAAAAUAGCCAAACUGAUGAGACACUGCCUGGUGUUGUGUUCGAGGAAUACAGUCAUUCAUGGCUUGCUCUCUGUUUGCUCAAGGUUUCUUAAAUGAAAGGCUUCGUAUGUACUGUAUUUUGAUCUGGGACUCUCAUGACAGCACCACCAGACCCCGACUUAAUAUCCUUCAUUACCCUCUUUUAGGGGCUUGCACUGCUGUGUGCUAUUUGAAAUAAAUUUGCCCCAUUAUAGCGCUGAUUAUUAUUUUUUUUUUCUUUCUCCUCUGAGCUAAUUGAAUGCCGAAUUCCUGGUAAAGAGAGAUUACGCACUGUGAGUGUCUAAUGAAAAGAAACACUGGAAAAUGUGCAGAAUUUAAACAGCAGGCUUUACGGAGCUGGCGCACUAAGUCAGUAUGAAAUGUUAGGAAAUAUCAGGCUACCGCUGAGAGCCCACAUUUGCAAUAAAAAGACAAUGCUCACACUGUGCUCUCAUACUCAUUGUAUUUAUCUGACAGAACACUAAGGUAUGUAGGAAGCUGAAAAUAGAAAAUAACUCAACUAUGUAGCUACUGUAUGAAAGGCCUCCCCUAAUUGUAGUAUUCACAUUCCUAAAAAGACAAAAUGUGCACACAAAAGAGGGGUGAACAAGAAAGAAAGAGGAGGAGGGUGUCUCCGUCUCUGCCUGCACCAUAGCAUAUAUUUUCAUAUUUUUGCUGUGGCAGUCAUUAUCUAUUAUUUAUCGUAUAAGAAACAAACUGGUUGUAUUUAAUUUAAAGGAUCUAAUUUUGUGACAGACGCUGAUACAUAUCUGUCUGUCUGUGUUCUCUUGUACAGUUUUUUUUUUUUUUUUGAAGAGAUGUAAAUAGAAACGUUGCCUUAUUGUACUGUAUUUAUUAUCAUGUGGAAAGAUCAACCUGGAACAUGUCUGCUCCCUGGAGUGAUGAGAGGCGCAGAGACUGAGGCUCAUGUUGUACAGAUGGAUGGAAAUGAUUGUAAAUGAUAUUUAUGCAUACUCUCUGCA